UGUGCAACAUGGGGCCAGAGAGCGCUGUUGAAUAUUUGAAGAACCGAUUAUUCUAUGACAUCACACGGUUAGGUGGCUCCCGAUUGGCGAAUAACAAUGGUUAAAGACCAGUGGAAGUGGGACACAAUGGAUGGAUGCUCAGAUCAACCACACAGAGGUCCGAAUCCACACUCUACUGGAGUAAUUAGCGACAAAGACAGGAGAUGGCAACUUCUCCCUCAACUGCUUCUGAGCCGAAUUUUACGGAGCUUGGGGAAAAAGCAACUACUGAGAGUGAUGUUGAGAAUCCCCCCAGUUCCUCUGAGCGGGAAGCACACAUCGGAUGGAAUGAAUCUGGAAUCUUGGAAACAGGGUCGGACAGUUUGAAGAGCAGCAGCAGUAGUGUGUUUUCCUAUGAUGACUCACAUCGGCCUGUCACUAACGAGGACUGUGCAGGACUUUUGCUGGCUUGUCUGUAUUGUCGCUUCAAUGAGUUCACAAACCUGCUGCUGGACACAUUCAGCAGGGCCGUCAGCCAUUACUUUCCUUCAGGGAAUCAUGUCACAGAGUCCAGUGAGAGGGACCAUCAGGGAUGGGAGUGCUGGACCUGCAACCUGGGACUGGACUGGGAUAUCUGCAACUCCUGCCAGGACUCAGCAGAACUUCUCGAGCUAGCCAUGGAGAUAUCAGAAGUAUGCUUUCGCUGAGAAAAGCUCAUGGCAGCUUUGGAAGCUUAAAUAGAAAAGUAGCAGUGAAAAAUGCAGUGGUGCUCAACCAAUGUAUUGUGAGUGAUCAAUCGGUGCAGGAAAUUAAGAGGUGGGUGAUAUUUUUCAAUGUGGUCAUUCACAUCCAUUGCGAUUCAACAUUCUUUUCAUUUUUUGCACGAAGACUAAGU